UUAGAAAAGAAAGGAAAAAGAAAAGAAAGCCACAAAAACUCCUUUAAUUCUUGGAUUGAUCAGUUCUCACUCCCUCGGAACUAGAAAACACUUACGAUGUUCAGAGCACUCUCUCUUAGACGUUCCAUCCAAUCUCUCCACAACCACCGCCACCCCUCUAAAGCUCUCGCCGCCGCCGCCGCCGCCGCUGGUGGCCCGCUAAAGGACCCGUUUUACCCAGUACGUGCAUUCUCAACAUCCACUCAGUCUUCUUCUUCAGAUGCUGAGCUCCGCAAGUACCUAGGCUACACGGCGCUUGUCCUUUUUUGUGGAGCCGCCACCUAUUAUUCCUUCCCUUUCCCAGAAAACGCCAAGCACAAGAAGGCCCAACUUUUCCGCUAUGCUCCUCUACCUGAGGAUCUUCACACUGUCUCCAACUGGAGUGGGACCCACGAAGUUCAGACCCGAGCCUUCCACCAGCCUGAGAAUCUCCAACAACUGGAGGAGUUGGUGAAGGAAUCUAAUGAGAAGAAGGCCAAGAUCCGCCCUGUGGGGUCAGGGCUUUCCCCGAAUGGGAUUGGGCUGGCACGGGCCGGGAUGGUAAACUUGGCGCUGAUGGAUAAGAUUCUGGAGGUGGAUAAGGAGAAGAAGACUGUGAGGGUUCAAGCUGGGAUUAGGGUUCAGCAGUUAGUUGAUGGGAUUAAAGACUAUGGCAUUACUAUGCAAAAUUUUGCCUCCAUUAGAGAGCAGCAAAUCGGUGGCAUUGUUCAGGUUGGUGCACAUGGUACUGGUGCGAGAUUGCCUCCUAUUGAUGAGCAGGUAAUUAGCAUGAAACUUGUUACUCCUGCCAAAGGAACAAUUGAGAUUUCAAAAGAGAAAGAUCCUGAGCUCUUUUAUCUAGCCCGCUGUGGUCUUGGGGGCCUUGGAGUGGUUGCUGAAGUCACCUUACAAUGUGUGGAUAGGCAAGAGCUGGUGGAGCAUACAUUCAUCUCUAACAUGAAGGAAAUCAAGAAAAACCACAAGAAAUUGUUAUCUGAGAAUAAGCAUGUGAAGUACCUAUAUAUUCCAUACACUGACAGUGUUGUGGUUGUGACAUGCAACCCUGUCUCCAAAUGGAGAGGUCCACCCAAAUUCAAACCGAAAUAUAGCAAAGAUGAGGCUAUACAGCAUUUUCGCGACCUUUACAAGGAGUCCCUCACUAAGUACAGGACUGGUGAAAAUGCAGCUAAAUCAGUCGAUGAUGAUGAAACAGACAUAGAUCAGCUUUCAUUUACAGAGUUGAGAGAUAAAUUGCUUGCUCUUGAUCCUCUUAACAAAAACCAUGUCAUAAAGAUUAAUCAUGCUGAGGCUGAAUUCUGGAGGAAGUCAGAAGGAUACAGAGUGGGUUGGAGUGAUGAAAUCCUGGGCUUUGAUUGUGGCGGGCAACAAUGGGUGUCGGAAACUUGUUUUCCCGCUGGUACGCUCGCCAGACCAAGCAUGAAAGACCUUGAAUACAUAGAAGAGCUGAAGCAGCUCAUAGAGAAACAAGAGAUACCUGCACCUGCUCCUAUAGAGCAGCGUUGGACGGCUUGCAGCCAGAGCUCCAUGAGUCCUGCUUCAAGCUCAUCCAAAGAUGAUAUAUUCUCAUGGGUUGGUAUAAUCAUGUAUCUUCCUACAAUGGAUGCUCGCCAAAGAAAGGAAAUUACAGAAGAAUUCUUCCACUACAGGCAUCUAAGUCAGACAAAGUUGUGGGACAAGUAUUCUGCUUUUGAACAUUGGGCCAAGAUUGAGGUUCCAAAGGACGCGGAAGAGCUUGCAGCUCUGCAAGUACGGUUGAGAAGUCGUUUUCCUGUGGAUGCAUAUAAUAAGGCACGCAAGGAAUUGGAUCCUAACAGAAUCCUUUCUAAUGUUAAGCUGGAAAAGCUGUUUCCACUCUCAGAGGCUAUUUAAGAAGCUCCUUUUUUUUUAUUGGUAAUUGCAUGGGGAGAUCAGGACUUGUCUUCUCAAAAAAAUAAAAAAAAGGGAAAUCUAUAUGAUGAGGCUAUAGGGGUGUAAAUGAACCGAAUUGAGCCAAGUAGAGUUUUGUAGAUCUCAAGUUUAAUUUGUCAAAAUCUUUUCGAGUUCAAGCCAAACUCGAGGUUUACUCAUUUUGAACUGGAGCCGAAUAUUAAUAAGUUUAGACUUGGUUUGUUUAGUAAACAAGUUAAGACGAGUAGAGCUUUUAUCGAGUUUAAUAUCGAAUAGUUUAUAAACAUUUUUGCAACUCUAAUAAGUUUUUGUUUAAAAAACUCAGGCUUUGGCUCAUGAAAAUUUAUGUAAGUUCGAACUUGAGCUAAGUUCUAUGACAUUGGGCUUAGCUUUCUUAAACGAGCCUAGUCAACGAGCCAGUUUGCGAGUUUGUUCAUAAGUUCGGAAAUUAUUUGAACUCGUAAUCUCGAUUGUUUAUUGGACGAGUCUAAAAGUUGAGUUUAAGUUUGGAUCGUUUAGAAAGCAAGCCGAAUUCAGUUGAGUUUUUAUUGAGUUGAAUCUCAAAUAACUUUAUAUCCUAAUGAGGUCACGUGAGAUGAAUAAGAUUCUAGUUUGAAUGUGAAUCAGAAGGUAGUGAUUUUCAAAUGGUGGAAAGUGGGUUGAAUUCAUUUGGGAUUAGCAUGAAGUUAACAUCAUUUACAGUGAAAAUGGUGUGCAUCCAAAUGCACCUGUCUAGAUAUUAUUAUAUAUAAUAAUUUCAUGGAUAUUCAAGUUUGUGUGGAUCUCCAGCAUCAAUCU